AGCGCCGUCUGCCGGACGUUGAUAAAACUUUCCUAAGUUUGGCAGUGAAAUUGAUAUCGCGGAUUACCCAAACAUGUCUACGAUAAACAAAGUGGACAUGUCACUUGAUGACAUCAUUAAGCUGAACAAGAAGCAGAAUCGUGGUGGUAGAGGUCGUGGCGGCCUGAAUCGGGGGUCCAGCCGAGGACGGGGAGGAGGAGGGGCAGGAGUGAGCAAGGUAAAACAGUUCCGCACCAACCUACAGAGAGGAGGAAUGAGAGGACGUGGUGGACGGGGGCGACUGCGGAGGCUGUCUGGAAUUAGUCCCCUCAAUAGAACACAGGAGCAAAGUUUGAAGAAUUCUACAAAUCCUAAGUCAACUAGAGGUGGCAAGUUCAACCAAGGUCAAGGUCGGCAGCAGCAACAACAGUCUUACAAGCAGCAGAGGCUGAAGGCCGUCUUAGCCCUGAAGAAAGCAAAGAACCAGCUUGCUCGAAUAGACGCGCACAGGCAGCUGGCAGACAGAAUCACGUCAACCAGCGCCGAGGGCUUCAGGCAACAUCAUCACAGCAGCAGCAGCAAUAUCAAAACACUAACGAGGCCGCGGGCCGGGAGGUAA